AACGUACGAAAUGCUUGAUCCAAGGGAGGCGAGCGAGAUCGAGAGGUAGGAAGGAAGGUGAAGACGGGUCACUGUUGGCUUUUCUCUUCCUCUUUUAUUCCAGAUAUGGAGCUCCUCUCUUUGGCGGCGGUUGUAAUCGACGCGGUAUCGACCAGGGCUUGAGAUCGCCAGCGGAACCCGAACUGGAGGCAUCACAGAGGGGAAGAAUCCAGCGAAAUAUUUAGGCCUUGCUUCCAAUCCGAAUCUACGGAAGAAUCGUUGAGGUGCAAUCGAGAGGAGGAAGGAGGAGGAGCUCGUCCGUCGUUACUGCCGCCGUGCUUCUCUUCACUCGAAGUAGUGGUUCCCAGCCAUGUAUCCCCUCAUCGGCCUUAUGAAAGGAGUGGGAUAAUUCUUCAUGGAGCUUGCUUUUUUAUUGAAAUACUAUAUGUAACCCAGAACUAUAUUUUUUCAAUUUUCAAAUUAUGAUGAAUUUAUCCAACAAAGGUCUUGCAGACAGCAAGGUUGCAAAGUUGAGUUCAUUGAACAGGGUCACCACAUUAAAUCCUAGUGCAGCCGAAUUUGUUCCUUCAGCCCUUAAAUAUACCUAUGGAGUCACCAAAAGUGCAGAGUCAACAAAGUUUGAUCUUCCAGGGUCUUCUAGAAAAGCAGUCUUAGACCAAACAGGGUCUAAUACUUCAAAUAAUUCAGAUGAUGAGAUACACCAGUACUGGCGUGACCAGCUUCCUGAUGAUAUCACUCCUGACUUUGAAGUCAUUGGAGAAGAAGAGUUGCAUGAACCUUCUCACCUUACACUUGCAGGUUUCUCAAUUCAUGAUGGUGUUGAACAAUCAAAAUUUUCAGCAUUAGCGACUGGACAGACAUUGAAUAUGCGGCAAGAUCUUUCUUCUCCUACCACUGAUAUUGGAAAUAUGGGAUAUCCUGGAUCUGUUAACUCUAAACAACAAUCAUCAGUUGCUUCCAUGAUUUCAGCUUCUAAUAUGAAGGGAAAAUCAUUCAUUGGUGAACAGCAUGGGAAGGUACUUUAUGAUGGAGAUUUGAAUGCUGAUUUGGUGGGGAAUUUGAUGGGGAAUUUGAUGGGUGAUAAUGUGUUUCUUCAGAACUCAAUCACUGAUCCCAUAGAAUACUUAUCAUCACAAUUUCCUGGUUUUGCCGUUCAGAGCCUUUUAGAUGUUUAUUAUGCAAAUGGAUGUGAUUUGACCUUGACCAUUGAGAUUCUGACUCAGCUUGAGCUUCAAGUUGAUGCCGGCUCUGACCAAAACCUUAGCACAAAUUCCUUGGCUGCUCCAAACUUUAGCCCGAUGGACUUUCCAGCUCUUCCAUUAGCAGACACUCAAAAUCAGUUGUCAAAGUAUACUGGAGAAGAUGUUCAACAUGGUUUUAAUAUGCACAAAUCUUCUUCUGGUACAUCAAGAGGUGAUAUUGAUUUUGCUUCAACUGUUAGAAAAUUAGCAUUGCAGGAUUCUGGUCACUGGAAGUAUGAUAGAAAAGGCUCUGCUGAUACUGGUGUUGGUUCAAGUAGCAAUUCCCAACAGUUGGCUACUUCAUAUAAUGGUCUUAGCAAAAUGGUUUAUGGGGAUAAAUGGCAUGGUUCAGGUCCAGCUCGGUCAUCUCCUGUUUGGCUUGAGACUGGGGAAGCAGUGGCAAAUAUAUAUUCAGAGUCAAGAGAAGAAGCUCGUGACUUUGCACGUCUUCGAAAUGCAUGCUUUGAACAGGCAAGACAAGCAUACCUUAUUGGCAACAAGGCUCUAGCAAAGGAACUGAGUUUGAAGGGUCAGUUGUACAACAUGCAGAUGAAAGCAGCUCAUGAAAAAGCUAAAGAAACAAUUUACCAGAGAAGGAACCCAUCUUCUGAGGUCCUUGGCUGCAGCCGUGGGCAGGAUCAUCUUAUCGAUCUGCAUGGCCUUCAUGUCGGUGAAGCCAUACAUGUUCUACAUCGUGAACUGAGAGCCAUGAGGAACACGGCAAGGGCUGCUGGGCAGCAACUGCACGCCCUGAUAUGCGUCGGGACUGGUCACCACACCAAGGGCUCACGAACACCUGCCAGGCUUCCUGUGGCAAUCGAGCAGUACCUGGUGGAGGAAGGCCUUCGCUUCACCCAGCCUCAGCCUGGUCUCUUCCGUGUUGUGAUAUACUGACACAAAAUGAGAAAAAAAAAAAAGUAUAGAAGAGGGUCGUGAAUUAUAGAAAAUGAAAAAAAAAAGUGUCUAGCAUUGUAACAUUAACAAUGGUGGCUUUCUGGACAAGUUUUGUUAGCCAUUCUGUGGAAUUAUUUGAUUCCAGGGGGAAUUAUUUUUUGUGAGAA